AUUAUUAGAAAGUGUUACACCCCUCCCCUUUCCCCACUCUUUCAUGGUUGAAUCUAAAAUUUCAACAAAAUCCUCUGAAAAUUAUGUUCGUGGUCUAUGAUUUUGCAUUGAAAUCUCCACCUGUACCAAUAGUAGACUGCCAAGAGUAUACCUGGAAUUCUAUCUAUCUAUCUUCAAGACAUACACAAUAAGUUUAGUAUAUAAGCAACUAGACAGUGAUCAAAAUGGAAACAGAACAGAAAUAAAAGCAAUAAUGUUUCUCCUUAUUUUCCUCUUCGGGUUUACAUUGGCCGGAUUGACAGAUUAUGAUAUGGGUGUUAUGGAAAACGAACCCCUUCUCAGAACCUUGUGUGAAGAGAAUCUAAACUUUAUGAAGAGUUUUAAAGAAAUCAAUGAAAAAUAUCCUGUUACAGAGAUCGAGGUUUUUCUGAAGGUUACCGAAGAGUCUAAUAAGAGUGUAGAAGAAUAUGUGAGACAUCCUCUGAACUCAUUUAAUCUUCUGAAAAAAGCUGCAGUUUUUAUUCCUGCAUUGUCUAACACCUUGUCAUCUUUAAAAACUGAGAACUCAACAGAAAUGCUGAAGUUAUUGGAAAUCCUCUUCCAGGAAACUGAAGUUCUCAAAACCAUCACUGAGAAAGAUAUGUAUGGAGCGGCUAAAGCACUUAUUUUCAUAGUUCAUGCUUAUGAUCUGGAUACAGAGAAGUUUAGAAAGGGUCUGGUAGAUACAACUCAUGUUAAGCACUAUGCACAUGGAGCAAAACAUCAAGGAGAUUCCGCGCUUACCUCUCAAGAUCUUAAAGUUCUAGCAACAAUGUCCCAAAAACUAGGUUUAAUAAACACCGGGAUAAAGUUUAUGAGAAGUGCAUAUAAAGCACAGGAAGAGAGUGAAGACACAGAACAAAAAGAUGAUGUUAUCAAAGAUCAGUUUGAGAAGGCAAAACAAGAUCUUAUUAAGCUGAACAACGACUUUGUGACAAAUAAAAAGACCUUUAUCAAUGAUUUGGUUGUAGUAAAUAAAUAUCUUGUGGAUGAGAAGCUGGAGAAAAAGAAAACUCAGCCCAAGUUUAUCAAGUCUGGAGCUAUAGACAAGGUUGAUAUCAGUUUAGCUACUUCUUUUGGAGGAGACUUCUUUCGUAUGGAAGCACUUCUUCAGGGUUGUAGAAAUGAGUUUAAUCUGCUCCCUAGUAAAAUAAAAUGGCCUCUUAUCAGCAAAUGUCGUCUUCUGCAUCAAGAUGAUCCAUAUUUGAAGCUGGGACCUUUCAAAAUGGAGGUUGCUAGUAAUACUCCUUUCAUUAUGGUGGUUCAUGAACUACUCACUGAUGAGGAUACAGAAUAUCUUGUUAAUUGGGCGACCCCUAAACUAUCCAGGUCAAGAAACCUGGAUUAUUCUAAAGGAGCAUAUGAUAAAGAUUCAUUUAAGGGUAAGGUUCGAAAUAUUGUUAAAUCUGUCCAAGCUUGGAUGGAAGCUGUAUCCUAUCAUGAACCUGGUGAUAUGUACAAUCCAGAUAACUUUACUGUAAACCACCCUAGAGUUCAUAAACUGUCUGCUCGUAUGGAGCUAGCUUUCAAUCUGAACCUUACAAGACAGUGGAGUUCGAACUUGUAUCAAGUAACAAACUAUGGUUUAGGGGGAUUAUGUGAAUCCCAUUUGGACGCUCAGUCAUUUUUUGAAAAUCUUUCUUCAAAUCCAGAGACGUUGGUUAACCGAGGGGACUAUGUAGCCACCAUUAUGGCUUGGUUAACAGAUACCCCUGCAGGAGGCGGGACCAGUUUUUUUCUUCCACCCUCCUCUUUGACUGUGCAUCCUACGAAAGGUAGCGCGGCAUUCUGGUGGGAUCUUACGCAUCAGAACCUUCGAGAUGAAGGGACUAAACAUGGCGGUUGCCCGGUAGCUGUCGGAUCUAAAUGGAUUCUGAACAAGUGGGUUUACAGUUACAAUCAAUGGGAUAAGGUUCCCUGCAGACUUGAGAAAGGAAAUACGAAUAUAAAUAUUUACAGAAUUGCUGACACUCUUGGACCUUUCUCAGAUAUAAAAUGUUUUAACAUGUUUUUUUUUAAAUUGAAGUUUAUAGGAAUGGGGCAAACCGGGCGAAUCAUAUGGGGAAAAUUAUGCUGAUUUUUUUCUAUUUUUUGUUUCGAUCCUUUGCUUCUUUUGUAUUUAGACCUGUUGCUGAUAGGUUUCUCAAAUCCUGAAAUAAUUGAUCCAUAAUUUAGAUACUUUAUGAGGAUAUUGAAUAAUAUGAUAUCUUUUAAAGAGCGAAGGAUAAGGGAGACAUUGUAACGAUUAAGGACAGCUUUAAAACUAUCUUGUUACAAUCUCUAUUUUUGUUUUAAGCCCUCCAAAUAUGUCAUAGGAUAUGUUAACAAUUUCCAUCUCCUUCUACUUUAUUCCAUUUUCUUUGCUCCUGCGAAAGGUUAACAAUAGAUAUAAACUUGACAUAAGAAUGGUACUGCGAUGUCAACAAAGGAACUGAGUCUUUGCCACAAGCUCAAAUUUUCUAAUCCUAUAUCUUUGCAAUCU